AUGAUUGCUCGUAACAUUAGAGGUCUUGGAAAAAAAUCUGUUAAUAAGGAGCUUAGAUUACUAUGUAGGAAUGUUAACCCGGACAUCAUCUUUCUCUCUGAGACAAAAAUGAACAAAGAUAUGGCAUCUAGGAAGCUAAAAAAUAUGGGAUUCCCUUGCACUUUUAAUGUUUCUAGUGUUGGUAGAAGUGGUGGUCUUGUUCUGGCUUGGAAAAAGGAAAUUUACCUCAACAUUAUUUCAUCCAGUAUGAGGGGCAUCUUUGUUACAUCCACUGACAUCAUCCAUUCUAAAACUUGUCAUAUACAUUUUGUUUAUGGUGAACCCAAUAGUAGUUUAAGACAAUAUUUCUGGGAGAAACAAUACCAAUAUUCUAAUGCUCCUUUAGAUGAACCUGUUUUCUUCAUAUGUGAUUUUAAUGCUCUCCUAGGAACAAAUGAUAAAAAUGGUGGCUUAGAGGUUGAUGAUUCUGAUUUUUCAAAUCUUAGAAAUUUUUGCUCAGUUUUUAACUUGCAUGAUACUGAUUUUUCGGACCCUAUAUUCACAUGGUCCAACAUGCAACAAUGCCCUGAUCUAAUCCUGGAAAGGUUAGAUACGUUCCUUAUAAACCAAUCUGCUGAGGACCUUUUCCCUAAACUUUGUGUUAACAAUCUCCCCAGGGAUUCUUCUGACCACUGCCCCAUGCAUAUAGGUUUCAAUUAUGAGAAUGUUUCCUAUAAGCUUAAAGCUAAACUGUUAAGCACUAAGAAAGGUCUAAUAGAUUGGAAUAAAUCUUCUUUUAGUAAUAUUCAAACUAAUAUAUAUACCAUUAGAAAAGAUCUAGCUGACAUACAAAUCUCUAACCCCACUGAUACCAAUACUACUUCUAGACUCAAAGCUAGACUUGAGUAUCUUUAUAAUUUAGAAGAGUUAUACUGGAAGGAAAAAUCUAGGGAGCAAUUUCAGGAUAAAAUCCUUUCUGACCUCCCUAUUAAGCUCUCUACUGAGGACAACUCUUUCUUAAAUAUGCCUCUUACUCUAGAGCAAAUCAAGAAUGAUGUUUUUCAAAUGGGAGGGAAGAAGGCUCCAGGACUGAUGGCUUUACAGUACAGACUAAUAGAGCUCUGUAAUUUCAUUUACAAAAAAAUUCUUUCAAAAACUCUUACUAAUAGGCUCAAACCUUUUAUGAAUAACAUAAUAUCCCAAAAUCAAAGUGCCUUUAUACCAAAGAGGAGUAUUUCAGAUAAUAUUCUUCUAGCUAAUGAGGCCAUAUAUGCUGUCAAUCAUAAUGACAAAAUUGAAGGCAUAACUGUCAUCAAGCUUGACAUGUCUAAAGCUUAUGAUAAGCUUGAAUGA